AUGAACGUAGAAAGAGUCGGGUUAUGGAUAAAAGCGCUGAAGAAUAGAUAUGGGGAGGCAGAGGUUGUGAGAGGCGAUGUUGGUAGUAGAGAUUCAAGUUGGUGGAAAAAUAUUUGUGAGAUAGAUAUAGGAUCAUGGGAAAAUUCAACUUAUUAUUCUGUUACAGAAAUGUUUAAGGCUUUAAAUGUUGCUGAAUCGGAUCAAUCCUCUUUUUCCUGGCCUAAGCUUUGGCAUAAAGCAGUACCAUCAAAGAUUUCUUGCUUUGGCUGGAGGCUAUUCCAGAAUAGCCCAGCGACCAAAGACAACCUAUUUAGGAGGAAUGUCAUAGGGCAAGGAUCCACAAGAUGUAUAGGGGGCUGUGAAACGGACGAAUCUAUACCUCACUUGUUCUUUGAGUGCAAAUUUUUUUCAGGUAUUUGGCAUUUAAUCUGCAAAUGGCUUAAGAUAUCUACAGCUUUACACAGAGAAAGUAGGGAACAUUUCGCCCAAUUUGAAGGCCUGAUCGGAGGUGACAUGGAAGUUGCGUCGAAAGUCAGAGUCAUAUGGUUCGCCGGAAUAUGGAGCAUAUGGAAAGCCAGGAAUGCCAAAAUUUUCAGCAACAAAGACACGGUCCAGGAAAAGGUGUUCGAAGACACUAUAGAUCUUUCAUGGAGGUGGUUGUCAUCAAUUAACAUGGACGUACAAUUCAACUAUGCGCAAUGGAGAUCAAAUCCUAGGAUUUGCCUCGGGCUCUGA